AUGCUUAGAUCAGGCCGUGUCUUGAGCUUUCAACAUCGUAGAUGGCUGGCUAGUGCUGUCAAACAGAAAAAACAGGUACCGCCUGUCCAUUUACCAGAAACUCAUUUUGCUUCAAGAUCGUCGCCAAUUUUAACAGAGACGGUUUUAAAACCUCAAACCAUGGGUAAGUUAUACCACUGGAACCAGGGGCGGUCCAUUCCUAACGGAAGUAUUGAGAACCUUUGGGUGUUUCAUGAUGGACCACCCUAUGCUAAUGGGGAUUUGCAUAUUGGCCAUGCCUUGAAUAAAAUUUUAAAGGAUAUCAUCAAUAGGUACCAGCUAAUCAACGGGAAAAAAGUCCACUAUGUUCCAGGGUGGGAUUGUCAUGGAUUGCCCAUUGAACUGAAAACUUUGGAGAAGCUUGCAAAUGAGAGACGGGUUGAAGAAAAACGUCUGAAGAAGGAAAUCAAGAAAAACCCCCAAUUACGUGAAGAGCUUGAAAAGUUACGGUCAUCAAAACUUUCGUCGACUGACAUUGUUCGUUUAUCCACCGAACAUGCAUUAAAGGAACAACAGAAACAGUCUUUGCAAUUCCAGGAUAUGGCUAUUAUGGGUGAUUUCACCAAUCCUUACAUGACAUUAAAGAAAUCCUACAUUGUCAACCAGUUGAGGAUUUUCAAAAAAUUCUUUGAUAAUGGAAUGGUAAAGAGACAGGAGAAGCCUGUCUAUUGGGGAUGUGAGAAUGCAACUGCCUUGGCGGAAGGUGAAUUGGAAUACAAUCCAAACCAUAAAUCAACUUCAGCUUAUGUUAGUUUCCCAAUUUCUAAAAAAAACGGUCUUCUCUCACAGUUUGAAAACUUGAAGGCCUUAAUUUGGACCACUACGCCAUGGACAUUAGUCUCCAAUUUGGCAAUUUGCAUAAAUGACACCAUGGAUUAUACCGUUAUCAAAUACAAAGAUUCAAAUCUAAUUGUAGCCCAAGAUUUGGUUGCACGUCUUUCAAAAGAAUUUGAAUUUACAGAAACCGAUGUUAGUUUUAAAGGUUCUGAACUUUUGGAUUGUCAGUAUAGUUCACCAUUAAAGCAGGGCGAGUUCCCUUUCUUGAGUGGGUCGCAUGUUACCUCGUCAGCGGGUACUGGUCUUGUCCAUACGGCGCCGGGUCACGGCCAUGAUGACUAUUUGGCCUGUCUGAAAAAUGGUAUCAAGCCAUACUCUCCAGUUGAUAAAUAUGGUAAGUACACAAACGAUGUUCCAUCCAGUCUAGCAGACCUUGUUGGUAAGAAGGUUUUGGGUGAGGGAUCUGCCAUGGUGUUGGAGAAGAUUUCGCAGUUGAAUAUGUUGGUCAAAACAUCCGAAAUCGUUCAUUCGUAUCCUUACGAUUGGAGGUCCAAGAAGCCAAUCAUUAUUCGUUCCACUCCGCAAUGGUUCAUUGAUGUCUCACAAAUCAAGGAGGAGACUAUUGAAGCCUUGGAAAGACGUGUUCAAUUUUUCCCAGAGCGUGGCGUCAACAGACUGACGUCUUUUAUCAGAAACAGAAAUGAGUGGUGUAUCUCAAGGCAGAGAAGCUGGGGGGUUCCAAUUCCUGUCUUGUAUCAUAAGGAGACAGGAAAGCCUUUAAUGUCAGACGAAGUUAUUGAAAAGCUGAUUGGAAUCAUUGAAGCCGGAAAUGUAGAAGGUUGGUUCAAAUAUGUCGAGUCAAACACCUUACCUGAGGAACUUGCCCACUAUGCUGAAGAAUAUAUCUUAGGAACGGAUACCAUGGACGUUUGGUUUGAUAGUGGCUCAUCUUGGAAGAUUAUCGAGACGUACCUAAAGGAAGAAGGUGUCUACGAACAAGCGAUCGAAAGAGGAUACCUUGCAGAUGUGUAUCUUGAGGGAAGCGAUCAGCACAGAGGUUGGUUUCAAUCUUCCCUCUUGAACAAGGUCGGUUCCAAAACACCGGGGGAACCUCUAGUGCUACCAUACAAUAGGGUCAUUACGCAUGGUUUCACGCUUGACGAGAAGGGAGAAAAAAUGUCAAAAAGUAUAGGUAACACAGUUUCGCCAGCAGAUAUCAUCCAUGGUAAUAAGAAUACAAAAAUUCCUAAAAUUGGAAUUGAUGGUCUGAGACUGUGGGUUGCACAAAGUGAUUACAGAAACGAUGUCAAUGUUGGUCCAACAAUCUUGAAACAUGUUGGUGAUAAUCUGAAGAAACUAAGAUUUACGUUUAAGUUUUUAUUGGGUAAUGUCGGUAGGGAUGUGCCAAUGAUGCUCUAUGAUGAGUUGAAUCCACUAGACCAAUACAUGCUAAGUAGAGCCGCACGUUUGAGAAAUUCCUGUGUCCAGGACUAUGAAAACUUUGAAUAUUUCAAGGUUGUCAAGAAAAUCAACCAAUUCGUCAAUGUUGAUUUAUCUUCAAUUUAUUUUGAUGCAAGAAAAGAUGCCUUGUACACAGAUAACGUCAGUUCUGCCAGACGUUUGUCGACAUUGGUUGCAUUCUCCGAGAUCUUGAAAGUGCUGGUCUCUGUGCUUGCUCCGAUAUUACCAAUUCUAACCCAGGAAGUGUGGAAUAACAUGCCAGCCUUCAUUACCAAGGGUGGAUUGCUUGAAACUCCAUUCCAUUCUGGGUUUUACACCAAUGAUUCCUAUGUCCGUGUGAACAGUGACGCUGAGGAAUCCUUUGCCACAAUACUCCAAUUCAAAGAAGACGUCAACAAGCAGGUGCAGGCAUUAAAAGAAUCGGGGGUUUUACAAACUUCGUUGGAGUGUGAGGUUACAAUCAGUGGUCCUGUCGAAAAUCUAGACAAGGAGCUCAUUGAGGAUGUAUGUGUUGUGUCCAAGGUUGAGUUACAUCCAAACUCCGAGCCUCUUUCCCUCAAAGUGGACAAGUCACCGCUACAUAAAUGUAGCAGAUGCUGGAAACAUAACGUUGUUGUUGCUGAUGAAGACGUCGUUGAGGGGGAGAUGAAGGACUUGCUCUGUGUGAGAUGCCAGUCCGCGUAG